UUAUCAGUUCCAGCGUAACGUUAUGAAUAUUUGAUAAAAUAACGUAUUUUGAAUCGGGAAAUAUACUAUUAGGAACAAAGAGGAACUGUCAAGACUGAAGCUCUUGAUUUGUCUUUGCCGAAGUUACCACGGGCCUUACCACAAGAUCGCAUCCCGUCAGCGGAAAAUUCAUCUGGUCACUCCCAGUCUGCGCACAUCCAACCCUGGGACAUCCCGCCAGCAUACUGCAAGCAAGAACACACAUUUCCGGAAGAAAACCUACACUGGCAAUCGAAUUCAUGGAAAGAAAAUGAAAAUGUAUCUGAAAAUUAUUACAUGAAGACUGAGGAUUAUAUUCCCCCGUCGAAGAAACACAAGCUAUCACUUACCCCAUAUAAGGGCAACAGUCCACCUGCUACCUACUUAGCAAGGAAUACUGACGCAAGCGAUGCGUGUCUAGGCGAUGACGCUGAGUCACCACCGUCGAUCCCCUUUCUAGACGUAAAACUUCAAGAUGGAGGUGAAAUAAAACGCACAUGCCAAGGAGUAUCUGUCAGUCUCCAUGACGAGAACCUUUGGCGAGCUUUCGCCGAAUUUGGAACAGAAAUGAUCAUAAAUCGUGGUGGAAGGCGGAUGUUUCCACACAUUAUUCUAUCAAUGGAAGGGUUGAAUCCGCAGAAAUUGUACUCGGUGAUACUUGAAAUUGUUCCUGCAGACCAGCGCCGAUAUAAAUUUAUCCAUAAUCAAUGGAUGCCAAUGGGAAUGGCUGAUCCAGGUCCGAGAAUCCAGCCUGUUACUCACCCAGAUUCGUCAAAUGUUGGUUCUUUCUGGAUGCGGAACAGAACCUCGUUUUCGAAAGUUCGUCUGACAAACAGUAAAGACUCUAGUGUAAAGGAGUGUUCGGACGGCAAUAUUUUACUACUUUCCAUGCAUAAGUACAAAGUAGUUAUAAAAAUCAAGGAUGAAAGUUCGCCUGCAAAAACAGAGCUGACUUUUGUCUUUGACGAGUCAGCUUUUGUCGCCGUAACAGCUUACCAGAACAGCAAGAUCACUCAGCUCAAAAUACAGAACAAUCCAUUCGCAAAAGCAUUCCGAGAUUGUCACAGUUCCUCGUUUAAGAGUGUGUCUCCAAGACGACGGGAUGCAAAGUCAAAAAACUGUUUUGCUAUCCAGUCACCGCAGCCAACAAUUCCGUAUCCUGUGAGCGAGUUCCAGCCAUUUCUUCAGUACCCACCGUUGCCAUUUCAGCAAGUUGGAUUUGGUAUGGCGGCCUUAGAUAAACUUUCUAGAAACACAGCGGACAUAAAUGCCAGGAACGUUGCACCAUACCUUCCAUGGGCUGCUGUAGGUAGGCAAUGGUCCUUCCCAUUCUGGACGGAAGACAGUCAAGCUUUAUCGAAGUCUUUAUGUUCAAGAACACAUUCGUUCAGGACACCGGAAGUUGCAUGUAUGCAACUUCCGGUUGAUUUGAACAAAUUCAGAAGAUCGUUUUCUGUUACUUCACAGACAAGCUCAUGCAGCAGCCAAGAUACUAGACAGCAAGAACAGCAAGAAGAAGCGAAAAGCGUCUAUCAGAACUAAGACUUUCCUUUAAACUCCUCAAGGAAAAUAUACGUUUUGAUUCGGUGUAAAAUAGUAUGGCAGAGAGAAUUCUGUAACUGUAACCUUUAUAAAGUCGGAUUAGACAUGUAACAUUCAUUUUAUAUUUGACAUGAGACUUAAGGAUUCAAACGAAUGCAGCUUUUGAUCGUGUAUAUGAAUUUGCGGCGAAGCUUUUUUAGUUUACAGUGGGCAAGGUAGAAGUUCCAUUACAUCUCAUUUGUUUUUGAGAGGUUUUACUGAUUUAUCAACGUUGGGGUAACUUGUCAUGAAAACAUGAAUACUUUUGAUGAAUCUUUAUUUCUAUUUGAACACAUAAAUGCCCACUUUUCAUUUUCCGAAUUGUACUUCCAAAAUAGUAACUUCAACUUACGGAAGAGACUACUGAUAAGUGUUUUGUCAUUGAUUAAGGUUUAAUCAUGUAAAAUGUUUAGACUGUUAAAAGAUUGUAGUCUUGUCCAUUUUUUUUUUCAUAGAGAAUAUCAUCUCGGUUUAUCUUAAAGGUGGUCAAUCACAUUUAAGCAAUAUUUUAUGACAUUUUAUCAUUUUUAGUGUAUUCUGAGAUUUUUUAUGAACAAAAAGACCAAUUACGUAGAGUUAGAUCCCUAUUACAAAUGUAUGUUUAAUUAGUUUUUAUGAAAUUUAGAAAUUACUCCCCUUUAAUAUAAUGUAGUGGAUAAAAUCUAUUUCAUUUGAUUUCAAUUUCUAGUUUUACAUUUGCAUUUGAUUGAUAUAGAGAUAUUUCAAUAAUCUAAACUACAACCUAGCUUUUAACAUAGUGUUUAGCUUUCUUAUUCUAUCCUUUAUUUAGCCCGCUUAGCUCUGUCGGGAGAGCGUUGGUCUAUGGAUCGCGGGGUCGCGCGUUCGAUACCCUGGGAGAGGGCGUAUAUUCUCCGCGACGAUUUGAUAAAAGACAUUGUGUCUUAAAUCAUUGGUCCUCCACCGCUGCCAGUUCAUGUCGGGAAGUUGGCAGUUACCUGCGGAGAACAGGAUUGUACUGGUACAGAAUCCAGGAACACUGGUUAGGUUAACUGCCCGUCGUUAUAUGACUGAAAUACUGUUGCAAUACGGUGUUAAACCCAAAACAAACAAACUAUCCUUUUUGUUCAACCAAGACAUGUAAAAAGCAGGUAAUAUUAAGUUUAGAAAUUUGCAUUUCUAAUGAGUUUCGGCUAAAUGUAAAUUUGUAAAUGUUAAUCUUUGACAAAUAUAAUACAAUAGUUUAUAAUUGUAUUUAUAUCAUUCUUUAGGCAAAGUAUGUUUAUUAUAUAAAUACAUAUUCUAAAAUAACUCAAUCUUUAUUUUGAAAACAGGAUAGAGAAAUCAAAUUUAUUAAAUUCUUCAGCUGAAAAUUGAACAUGUAUAAAGCACUCAGUUAAAACAAAUAAGCAUCAAUAAACAUUUGCUAAACUUUCGAUAAAAUCCAUAACCUGGUCAAAAUCUGAUUAACCACCUUUAACAUAUCUCCAUAUAAUAAGUGAAGUAGUGCUAUGUACA